UGGCACACCAACCUCACUAAUUACUUCCACUAAUUAUGGAAUCAUUGAGGAGGCACAAUAACAGAGAUUAUAAAAGGGUCACAUUAGCAUUGGUCCCUGCCACUACCACUUGAAGCUAACAUAUAGCUUGAGAUCACAUUUCUGAUCAGAUUUAUUACUCCAAAAGGUAUAAACAUAGCUAUAGGGAAAUGGACAGAAGAACACACAGUUUGGUCAAUGCUACAAAUGACUUUCAAAACCACAUAACACAAAAGCAAUCACUGUAUCCUUCUGGUUUUCCAAGAAAGGUACUUGCAGAGGUUAUAGGGACAUAUUUGUUGGUGUUUGUUGGGAGUGGGAGUGCAGCUAUGAAUGCAAUUGAUGAAAACAAAGUAUCAAAAUUGGGAGCAUCAAUGGCAGGUGGAUUCAUAGUUACAGUUAUGAUUUAUGCAAUUGGACAUAUCUCUGGUGCACACAUGAAUCCUGCUGUUUCCUUAGCUUUUGCCACCGUUAGCCAUUUUCCUUGGAAACAGGUACCAUUUUACAUUGCAGCUCAACUCACAGGAGCAAUUUCAGCUUCAUAUACAUUGAAAGUUUUGCUAGAGCCAUCAAAGCAACUUGGUGCAACAUCACCUUCUGGAUCUAACAUUCAAGCAUUAAUCAUAGAAAUUGUGACCACCUUCACCAUGGUGCUCAUCUCCACCGCCGUCUCCACCGACCCAAAAGCUAUAGGAGAGCUUUCAGGAGUUGCAGUUGGUUCAUCUGUUUGCAUAGCAAGCAUUGUGGCUGGACCAAUAUCGGGGGGGUCAAUGAACCCAGCAAGGACAUUAGGUCCAGCAAUUGCUACUUCAUCCUACAAAGGAAUUUGGGUUUAUAUGGUUGGACCAAUUACUGGUGCACUUUUAGGUACAUGGUCUUAUGUUGUGAUUCAGGAGACAAAUAAACAAGCUCUUACAACUUCACUCAAGCUACACCAUGAGAUGAAAGGGAUUGAGUUAGUUGGUGACAAGGACAAUCAAUGUUCAGUGUGAGAAUAACAUAUUAGACCAAACUCGUCAACUUUUGUUGAUUUAAAAUUGUUUAUAUUUAAAGUCAUAGGAAGUAUUUUGGAAUUUAAUUGGACACAAUCCAAGGCAUCUGAAACAAAAUGUCUUGGAGGAUUCAAAGUCCAAUACAAUGCAUAUGUAUCAAAUUAAGUAUAUCAACCAUAUAUAUAUAUAUAUAUAUAUAUAUAUAUAU